AUGCGCGUGGGACUUUUGAUCGGAGAGCCCGGAGGCGGCGUCGACAAGGAAGAUGAGGAGGCAGGAAGGGCGGUGACUGGGACCGCGGACAAGCACCAGGACGAGGACGUCCAUCAGGAUGAUAACGAGGAUCAUGAAGAGGAGGACCAUGAGGAUAGUGAGGAGGAGGAGGACGAGGACGAGGAGGAUGAGGAGGAGGAGGAGGAGGAGGAGGAGGAGGAGGAGGAGGAGGAGGAGGAGGAGGAGGAGGAGGAGGAGGAGGAGGGGGGGGCUCAGCGGAGGAGGAGGAGGUCGGCGGAUGUUGUGAACGAGGGAGGGGAGGACGCAGACGAGGAGAGAGUCGGCUUGGAGGCGGCUCGCGGGGGGAGUGAGAAGGUCGUGGUCGGCGAUGUGGUUGGCGACGCGAAGGAAUUUAUCGACCUCGAGGCCGUUGGGGAAGGGGAUAACGCCGCGGCCACGAAGCAGACGGGCGUGGAAGGGCCUACCGAGACCACUGCAGGGAAGGCCAGGGGGGAGCGGUUUUCGUUGGGGAUACGUGGACUCCUCAACAAGCUCCAUUCGUUGGCCGACCAGGUCGCCGUCUCCGACCAUAAUGCGGCGAAACGGCUGCUAGAUGCGACGUCAGCCGUGUCGACAACCAUCACGGACAACAUCACCAACCACAUGGAUGAAUCGUGGAAGGCGAUGAAGUCCUUCACCGAACAGGCGUCGACGUGGUUGGCGGAAAUCGACGGUCCGGAGGGAAGGAUGGCAGUUGAACGCGCAAAAGCGGUCACCGCCUUGGCCAACCACGUGGAAGCGGUGGUGGACGAUGCGAAGCUGGGUUUGGAGGACUACAUCUCGAAGCACCUAGCUGCCGCGCAGACCAACAUUGCCGCCGCGGUAACUUGCACCAUCGCCGUGCCGCCGCCGCCCCCGCCGCAGCCCACGCCAGGCUUCAUGGAUGAGCUCAUGAAGUCGUUCAAGGUGGACAUGUUGAAGGCGGUGACGGAGGCCACCCAGCAGUCGUUUGUGGCGUCCGGGUUAAAGCUCAUGACCGAGGUGAUCGGCAAUGUGGCAGCUGGUCGGCGUGGGUCAUCGCCGUCGGCCAAUGACGCCGAUCCCGCGCAACGAAGGGAGGCCGACAAGCAGGGCCAGAAAAGGGCGGGCGGCGGAGAUGAUGCGGGGAGCGUGAAGCGGAGCAAGGGAGCCGAUGGGAGCCGCGGCGUCGGCGCGGUGGGUCCAGGCGGCUCGUGGACUCGAGGUCAGAGCGUGGUCGACCAGCUCAAGAAGAACGGGGCCAAGAAGCCCCAUGGUCUGGCGAGCGGCGGGAAAGGCUUGAGCGACAAGGAGAUCCCAACCGCUCAAACGGCGAUAGAUGGCGGCGCCAGAACCGUCAAGGGACCGUCUGUCGGGGUGGCAGGGACCACGUCGAUUCCCCAAAAACCCCCUGCGGCUAGCAGCGCGCCGGUUGGCCCGUCAGCCGCCAACAACGAUGGGCCGGCCCUUGUGGCUACUCCAGCUGCAGCAGGCCCGUCUGCCGCCAAGGGCGGCGCGAAGGAUGCUGCGGCUAACCGCGACGGUCCGUCCGCCACUAAGGUGCCCGCAGCAGCGAACGCGCUCAGGGAAAUGCUCCACCGCAUGGAGGCCCAUCGCAAGGAUGUGCAGCAGCCUCCCUUGGUCGAUGCCGCCCCCGCCGAAACAGCACGUCGCUCGGUCACUCCGCAGGUCCCUCGCUAG